AUGUUCAAAAUUAACAAAGAAGCCAGAAAGUCCACCUCCGGUCACAUCGACGAGAUUCUCACCCUUCCAAACAACACCGCUCCAAUAUGGUAUAAAGAUCCAGGUCUCAGAAAACUUCAGGUUUGGAUCUUCGUGGUGUUCUUCUCUCAGAUAUGUACUGGGUUUGACGCUUCCAACACUUCCAAUUUGCAAGCAUUUGCAAGCUGGAAAACUAUGCUUGGAAACCCUGAUUCUUCCCAGCUCGGAAUUAUCACCUCUAUUUAUUUCAUGGGAUGUUUGGCUGGUUCGAUUCCAUGUGGUAUGUUUGCUGACAGGUUUGGUAGAAAAUUGGGCUUACUCUUGGGACAGGUUCUCACCGUUAUUGGUGCUGCCAUUCAAGCUUCUUCGUACACAUACGCCCAAUACUUGUGUGCCCGGUUCAUUAUGGGGGUAGGAAUUGCCUCCAUAACCAACUCAGGACCAGCAAUGCUUUUUGAGUUAGCACACCCAAGAAUGAAAGGAACUUUGGUAUCACUUUUCAAUCCCUUCUGGUACGUGGGAAGUAUCGUGUGUGCUGCCACUGCGUUCGGAACUACUCACAUGUCGGUCACCAACUCCAUGGGGUGGAGAAUCCCCAGUUUUAUCCAAGGAGUGUUCCCAUUGGUUUGUAUUCCCUUCACAAUUUUUAUGCCCGAAUCGCCAUCUUACCUCAUUGUCCGGGGGAAGAAAGAGCAGGCUCUUGCAACCUUGGCCAAGUAUCAUUCCAAUGGAGACUUGAAUGAUCCCUUGGUGCUUAAGGAAGUCGAUGAUAUCGAGGUGGCUAUUUUGAACUCAAAAGACACUCAGUCCUACAAGCAAAUUUUACUGCACAAGCCCCACAGAAAGAGAUUUAUGGUGAUUACCAUCAUGACAUUGAUGGCUUUGUGGUCGGGCCAGUCCAUCAUCACCUUUUACUUCACCUCCAUUUUGGAGUUGGUAGGAAUCAACAAUCCCUCAAAACAAACGGGGAUUAACACCGGUUUGAAUGUCAUGAACCUUGUGUCUUCAGUACUUGGAGCCUAUGUUUCUGCUAGGGUUGGAAGAAGACCUAUGUGGAUGCUCUCGAUCAUUGGAAUGAUCGUGGUUAACAUUCCUUUCACCGCUUUGACGGCCGAGUAUGCUAAAACCAACAGUGUUAAUGUGGCAUAUGGAGUGAUUGUGAUGUUAUUUCUCUAUGAUUUCUCCUACAACAUCGCCUGUAACCCGUUGUUGUACUCAUACACCACCGAGUUGUUACCAUUUAGUAUUAGAGCCAAGGGGCUCGCAUGGAAGAACUUGGUGGGACAGGUGGCUUUGAUCAUCAACAUGUAUGUCAACCCUAUUGCACUUGCUAAGAUCACAUGGAAAUACUAUAUUUUCUACAUGUGUCUCAAUUUGGUGUGGUUGACCUUGGUGUACUUUUUGUUUCCCGAGACUUUGGGGCUUACUUUGGAGGAGCUUUCCCGGUUAUUUGAAGAAGACAGGUUGGGAAGUAUUGGUGAUAUUGAGAGUGAUGGAGUGGACCAGAUCCACGUGACUGAGUUAGGAAAGAAAUAG